AUGACGGUUCCUACGUUCGCUGUGGACAGUAUCCAGGACCAGCAGCACUUUUCCUCCUCUCCUCAUGCACGCAAUUCACCCGCCAAAAACCAACAAAGACAAGACUCGCCACGGCCAACAUGCCACCAACAUCGUAGUAUCUGGGACCCCACAGAAGCAGAAUGGGCUUCUGCAAUCUCAGCAGCAAGCACAACAUGCACAUUCACAGAAUCCUACCGUACACCCUUCUACCCGGGUCCCAGCACCAGUUCCUCCACCACCGCAACUAAAUCUUCGACGUCUGCAUUGGUGAAACUAGGUAGCACGGUACGCGAUGCAUGGGCGACACUGAAGGCGGGAAGACGGAACGAACGGCAGGAUAGUGGGAAGAAUAGUGUAUACAGUUUCAACAGCGAGAACAGCAGAAAAGUAAAAGACAAAGACAAAGGAAGAAAAGAAGAAGAAAAAGAAGACGCCAACAAAGCAAGCAAAGACUCCCAGGAAAAACUAACAAAUACAUACUACGCCAACCCCACCGGCGACGUACACGACGACGUGAUGCAGACAUAUUUCCUGCAUGGGUCGAAAUACUUCACAGGCUCUGGUCUCGCUACCGCGUCAGCACAAUGUAUGCAUGUGCUCGACCUCGCUGCAUAUUUUACUUCCUCUUCUCCAGCCAACACCACCACUACCCACCUCAUAGACGCAAAACCACGCCUCCCCACCGCCAUAGCAACAAUCCUCUCGCACACUAGCCCCGCCUGCAUAACCGCCUUCCUCGACCCGCGUACCGAGGAAUUCGCAUACCGACGAGAAAUUGAGCGGAGUAAAGCCGGGUUAAUCCUGGUCGUCAGACGACACGGGAACAAGGUGAUUGCAGGCGGGUAUCGCAAUUUGGGGUUCAAGUUGCAUUGGGUGGCGUAUGUGAGAGCGGUGGUGGGGGUGAGGGGAGAGUGGUACGAGGUCUUUGCUGCUGCGGGGCCAGGGCAUACACGGAUUAGAGAUGGAGUGGUGGCUUGGGAUGAAUUUUGUGCGGAUGGGGAUGAGGGUGAGCGAAGUGGUACAGGUGCGGAGGAUAAGAGGAAACCGAGACUUGCACUUGCUGGGCUUGAGAAAACGCAAGAGAUGGAGGGGAGCGGGGAGCAAUUGGUGGAAGCCAAAUUCAUUUUGUUUCAAAGUCGUAUACUGGCGCGAGCUUUGCUGUGGGAUAUCUGGGUCAGGUUUGAGGAGAUGAAUGAGUGUAAGGCGACAUGGGAGGCAGACGGGGUUGUGACAAAUGUGAGGUUACAACGGGCGCUUUUGGGGUUCGGUGAAGAAGACGAAGAAUAG